AAUGUCCGUAUUGGCAGAAAUAAGACCAAAGAAUGACUUGGGGCAUCCUUUCUGUGAAAAUUUGAGAUCUGGAGAUUGGAUGAUCGAUUAUGUCAGUGGCCGGCUUAUUUCACGUUCAGGAAAUAUUGCUGAAGUUGGUAAAUGGUUGCAGGCUAUGUUCUUCUACUUGAAGCAGAUCCCACGAUACCUUAUCCCAUGUUACUUUGAUGCUAUAUUAAUUGGUGCAUACACCACUCUUCUGGAUGCAGCAUGGAAGCAGAUGUCAAGCUUUGUUCAGAAUGGUUCAACCUUUAUGAAACACCUUUCACUGGGUUCAGUCCAAAUGUGUGGAGUAGGAAAAUUCCCUUCUCUGCCACUUCUUUCACCUUCCCUUCUGGAUGUAUCAUAUAGGUUGAAUGAGAUCACAAAGGAAAAGCAGCAGUGUUGUGCUUCUUUAGCUGCAGGCUUACCUCAUUUUUCUUCUGGUCUUUUCCGCUGCUGGGGAAGGGAUACUUUUAUUGCUCUUAAAGGUUUACUGCUGGUUACUGGACGAUAUUUAGAAGCCAGAUGUUACCAAGUUGAUCUUCAGAAUAGUUGUCCUGGUUUUAAUAUGACUGCAGGGGUUGAUGACAAAACAGGAUUUAUUUAUGGAGGAAAUUGCUUAAAUUGUGGCACAUGGAUGGAUAAAAUGGGAGAAAGUGACAGAGCUAGAAACAGAGGAAUCCCAGCCACUCCAAGAGAUGGGUCUGCUGUGGAAAUUGUGGGCUUGUGUAAAUCUGCCAUUCAUUGGUUGCUGGAAUUAUAAAAAAAUAUUUUUCCUUAUCAUGAAGUUAGAGUAAAAAGACAUGGGAAAGUUGUAACAGUCUCAUAUGAAGAAUGGAACAGAAAAAUACAAGACAACUUUGAAAAACUGUUUCAUGUUUCAGAAGAUCCUUCUGAUUCUAAUGAGAAGCAUCCAAAUCUAGUUCACAAACGUGGCAUAUACAAAGACAGUUAUGGAGCUUCAAGUCCUUGGUGUGACUACCAGCUAAGGCCUAAUUUUACCAUAGCAAUGGUCGUGGCCCCUGAGCUGUUUACUACAGAAAAAGCAGGGAGAGCAUUGGAGAUCGCAGAAAAAAAAUUACUUGGUCCCCUUGGCAUGAAAACUUUAGAUCCAGAUGAUAUGGUUUACUGUGGAAUAUAUGACAAUGCCUUAGACAAUGACAACUACAAUGUUGCUAGAGGUUUCAAUUAUCACCAAGGACCUGAAUGGCUAUGGCCUGUUGGAUAUUUUCUUCGUGCAAAGUUAUAUUUUUCCAAAUUGAUGGGUCCGGAGUGUAGUGCAAAGACAAUGUUUUUGGUUAAAAACGUUCUUUCUCGACAUUAUGUUCAUCUUGAGAGAUCCCCUUGGAAAGGACUUCCAGAACUGACCAAUGAGAAUGGCCAGUAUUGUCCUUUCAGCUGUGAGACACAAGCCUGGUCAAUUGCUGUUAUUCUUGAAACACUUUAUGAUUUAUAGUUGGUUCAGAUAUAUUUAAUAAAUAUACAACUUCAUUAUGCAAUGCAAGAUCAUAAUGCAAAUGCCUAUGUAUACAAAUUCAAGUUUUUAAAAAAAUCUUUCAUAUAAUAUUGAUGCCCAAUUGGGGGAUUGAACUAAAGGGGCACUCAACGACUGAGCCAGCCCUAUGUUUUGUAUUUUAUUUAGAGAAAGAGUUUCCUGGAGUUGCUUAGCACCUGUCUUUUGCUGAAGCUGGCUUUGAACUUGCAAUCCUCCUGCCUCAGCAUCCCGAGCUGCUGGGAUUACAGGCAUGCACAACUGCACCCGGCCUGUGACUGCCUUCUUAAUACCUUAUUCAAUAUAUAUUUCAGAAGUGCUUCAUGAAUGUAGAAUUAUCAACAUUUCUACCAUAUAUGUUCAUAAAUGAAGCACAGAUGUUCAAACUGUGAUAUUAUUUUUUCACUGAUGUAUCAAUAUGUUUUCAAAUGUUAUGAAUGUCAAUAGUUUAUUAAAGACAACUGACUUGUGCUAAUGAUGCAUAGACUGGGAAAAAAGCAGAACAUUAAGAAAUUGAUUUCAUUAAAAACAGUUUUGUAAAAUUAGCCUCAA